AGCCCGAAUACCCUAUCGCACGAGAUAGAUCGAUGGAGCUGCGCCUAUCGCCAGCACCGCCUCGAUCGGCCGGCGGACUGGACCGCAUCAGCACCCUCUCCAGUGGUGGUGAACGAUCAGGCCGCAGCGCACGCGCCCGUUCCUCCCAGCUAGUGGCCAGCAUCUUCGAGCCCGUGUUCACCUCCAAGUCUGACUCGCUGUCCCUGCUGCGGCCCGGAAGUCUCUUCGGCUCGCCGGUGCCGUCGCCGCGAUCUAGCGGUCCAGGCGGCGUGGACCGCAUCAGCGACCUCCCUGACGACCUGCUCCUCCUGGUCCUCGACCGCCUCAGCUGCGUCCGCACCGCCGCCCGCGCCAGUGUCCUAUCCCGCCGUUGGCGUGGCCUCUGGACCCGCCUCCCCACGCUCGUCUUCCACAACAUCCCCUUCCCCUCCGUCGAACCGGUGCUCGCCGGCGUGGUCUCCUCUGACUCCACCUCCACGGUGUCCCGUCUUGUUAUCUGCCCCCCGAAUCGACCCUUCUCGGUCCGCGCGGGGGAGCCCCGCGUCAGCCUCGCCUCUCUGCUGCGCACCGCGGCGUGGCUCUCGCCGGAGCAGCUCAUUCUCGCCAUCCCAUCGGGCGAGGAUUUCUUUAAAAGUGUCGAGCUGCCGUGCUUCGAGCGCGCCACCUCCAUCUCGCUCUACUCCUCCGUCGCCGUCUGGCCGCCGGCUACCGGUGAAUUAUUCCCCGCGCUCACAACGCUGGUGCUCUCAGGCUGCGCCUCUGCGGCCUACUCCGCCCUCGAGGACCUGGUCCUCCGUUGCCCACGCCUGCGCGUGCUCAGGUACACCCUACCCGGCGGCUUCCUACUGGAUAUCACGGUGCGUUCGUUGUCGCUGCGAGAGCUCGUCAUUGAGGACACCGAUCGUUGGACAUGGAUACGCAAGAUAAACUUAGCAGCACCCAUGCUCGAGCGACUAAUCAUGUCCUCCCACGUCGCGGGCCCCACCAGCGUCUCUGUCUUGGCGCCGAUGGCAAGCAAUAUUUUGUGGCGCUGCCAUUACAACGGCGGGUUCAAGGAGCUCCCUGACUGGACACUCGAGACGGUGAGCUUGCUGUCAACAACGACGAGGGCGGCGGUGGCAGACGGACCACAACUUCCGGUGCUGCGCAUUGGUGCAAUCAAGAAACCAUAUUAUUACCGGCGUUUAUUUUGGGCGCAAAAUGAUUUUUCUCGUGAAUUAGAGAAACAUCUACGGAUGCAGGUUGCGGUGCACUUAUCUGUCUUGGACUUGGAGCUGCACCUUGCACCUUUGGGCCAUGUUUAUGGAGCAGUAACGUUUUACUUCCUCAGGAUGCAUACGAUUUGUACUACCAUACGUACGCUCAAGGUUGCCGUGCCCCGAUCCACGGACAAAGAGAAAUGUCAAGAAUAUUGUGGCUGCGAGCCAGCCCAUUGGAGAAGCCAAAUUGUUUCCUUGACGAAGCUUGAACAAGUGGAAAUCGAUGGUUUCCAAGGAGACAAGCGUGAGUUUGACUUCCUGGAACAUAUAUUGAGAUGUGCACCAAUGCUUAUCAAUGUGAUUCUCAAGCACUCGGGCGAGGGCGUGCCAAGUGAAGCACAAAUUCACGAGCUCUCCUUAGCGCAUCCUUCCAUGGAAUGGCACUAUGUUAUAUCUUCUGCUUCUGUAUCUAUGGCUGCAUAG